UGGAUAUUUGAGAGAAAGAAUAUAGAGAGUAGAAGCAAUACACAAACAAAAAAGCAGGAGGAAUAACAAGGUGAAACGUACGACGAGAAGGAGGUGGAGUAGUAUUCAUUCAUUCAUUCAUUCGCUUUUAUAUGUGUUUUACAGAUAACCGAAAAGCCAGCCAACUUCAAAGAUAAAAUUUAUUAUCAUCAUCGCAGUAGACUGACAAUGUUGAUUAGUCAAACAAAUUCAAAUUUAUGUUUCACAGAUAAAUCUUCAUUAUCACCGUUGAAAACAACAUCGAUUAUUCUGUCGAAAUCAUCAUCAUCACCUUCAUCAUCAUCUCCAACAGAAUCUCCUGUAGAUGACACUACCAGUAAUCGCAAUGAAUUCAACACAGAGGCAUCUAGACCACAUGUAUUAUUAAUCAAUAAACCUCAUUACCUCAAUUUGAAUGAUUCCCUGAAUACUACUCCGCUAACGACGACGACGACGACUACGUCUGCUACUUCUGCGCCUACUCCUACUGCUACUCCUACGAUUACUUCAUGUAAAUCUCCGAUAUCAUCACCACCGAUGUUCAAAUUUCCUUUAACUCUAUCCAAUCUUCAAAUUUCUCCAUCAACCGAGUCCUUGUUAUCCCUACCACAAUAUACAUCAAUCAAUUCGACACUACCUUCAUUAUCUUCUCCUGCAUUAUACGCAAAUAGAAUGGAUACUACAGAUAAGUUGAAUAUAUUUAUGAAAAUGUUAAAUAAUGUUACAACAAACGACUACUUUUUAAAUGAUCCGCCUUCUUCGUUAACUUCUGUAUCAUCAAUGCCUGCGUCACAUUCAAUGUCCAAUAAUAAUAAUAGUUCAGUGUAUACAGAUUUAUUAUCGUCCCUAUCGUCACAAAUGUCAACAACAACACCAGCAACAGCGCCAGCAACAUCGAAUUUAUUAAAUAAUUCAAUUGAACAGGCUGAUUUAUUAAGAUUUUUAAAUAAUUUCAAUGAUAAAUAUCAUUUAGAAGGAUUAAAAGAAUAUGAUCAAGGUGUUCAAUAUAUUGAACAGAAUGUUUCUAAAAAUAAUAACAAUAAUAAUAAUCACGAUGAUGGCAGUAAUAAUAAUAAUAAUAAUCUCUUGCUUAUGAUGAUGUUAAUGAUGUUUAUGAAACGUAAUAUUAUUGAUUCAUAUGCACAGACAUCGAAUCAUCAUUUACAAGGGAAUGCUUCAUCGACAUUAUCGACGUCAUCAUCAGCGUCUUGUUGUUGUUCCACGUCACCAUUAGCAACGAUGAAAACAACAGCAGCAACAGCAACGACAACACCGACGGCGAUAUUAGUAUCUACGACAUCAGCUGUCUUGACGUCAACACCAACAUCAUCGUCAACUGUCACUUCGAUCAAUCAUUUCACUGAUGAUAUGCUCUAUCAUCAGAGAUCAAUACGUCUACAUGACCGAUCUAAUUAUCAACAGCCACAACAACAACUCCACCAAUCAAAUCAUCGAUAUCGUCGUCAGCAUCAAUCGAUAAACAGUCCACAACAUCAUCAUUAUAUCGAUUUAAUGGAUGAAUUAGACACUGGUACUAUUACAAGUCUAUAUAAUAAUAAUAAUAAUACGUCGAAGUUGAAUACAAGACAAUUAAGCUAUAUUAAUAGUAAUAAUAAUAAUAAUGAUAAUAACUAUUAUACAACUGAUCCAUACGCGGUGAAUAAUUCAGAUAAGAUCGAUACAUUAGUUCAGCGGACAGAAUUAUUGGAUUCUGAAUUAUGGAAACAUUUUCACAGUAUGACUACGGAAAUGGUGAUCACAAAAUCUGGACGUCGAAUGUUUCCAUCCUUUAAAGUUCGUGUCACUGGAUUGGAUAGAAAUGCCAAGUAUAUUAUGCUGUUGGAUAUUGUCUCACGGGAUGAACAUCGUUAUAAAUUUCAAAAUGGUAAAUGGACAAUUGCUGGCAAAGCAGAUCCUGAACCAUAUCGUAAACCGUAUAUUCAUCCAGACUCUCCGACAACCGGUGAAGAGUGGAUGCAUAAACCAAUAUCAUUUCAUAAAUUAAAAUUAACAAAUAAUGUUGCCGAAAGACAAUCUUUUCAAGCUGUGCUGAAUUCAAUGCACAAGUAUAUACCAAGAUUUCAUAUUGUUCGUGCAGAUCAUUUGAAUAAAAUGAAUAUGGCAGAUUUUGUUACAUUUAUCUUCGACGAAACAGAAUUUAUUGCUGUGACAGCUUAUCAAAAUGAAAGAAUAACUCAAUUGAAAAUAGACAAUAACCCAUUUGCUAAAGGAUUUCGAGACAAUGGCAGUGGACGUCGGGAGAAAAAAGGUUUACGACUACGCUAUAAGCAUUCAUUGAAUACACCAGAUCCUUAUGACCAUUUCGAAGCUGUUGAAAGAGAUCUGAUCAGACAACAACAACAGCAGCAACAGCAACAGCAGCAGCAACAGCAACACCAACAGCACCACCACCAACACCAUCACCAACAGCAACAACAACAACAAUAUCCAGCUGAUUUAUAUGAUUUAAAUGAAAAUAUAAAAUUAAGAUUACAAAAUACAAUCAAUUCUACAGCCUAUACCAAUCGAUUAUUAUUUAAUCAUAAUCUCAAUAAUAAUAGUAACAAUAAUAGUAAUAAUGAUAAUUUGGGAUUUGAGUUGAAAUCAACCCCUUCUAAUCGUCAUUUUAUCAAUGGAUCACCGAAUUCUUCAUCAUAUUAUGGUUCACCGGAUCAUUUAACUUCAUUUCCAGCGCAUAAUUCAAAUAUCCUCAAUUGUAAUAAUAAUACUAUUAAUACUAAUAAUAGUAAUGGUAAUAAAUUAAACGAUUUAUCAUUGAUUACUGAUUUAUCAAGUGAUAAACAGCCAGCUUCUAAAGAUUUACUGUCUUCAUCGUCUUCUUCAUCACCGCAUCAAAUUUGGCCAGGUUGUUUCGAUCAUAUCUCACCGACUAGUGGUACAUUUAUCCCGACAAGUUUAUCACGGAGUCAGCAUACUGUACAUCAUUGUCCAAAAAUAUGCAAAUCAGUGUAUUUAACCGAACUGGAUAAAAUUAAUAGUUUAUCUACUGACCAGUAUACUACUGAAAUUCAAAAUCAGCUAUCAACACAAUAUCAUUGUCAAAGUAAUCAACUUGGUGAUGCACAUACUACUAGUACUACUACUACUACUAUUAAUACCACCACUUUCACUACUACUACUCCUAAUUAUAAUAAUAACAGUAAGGGAUUUGUAACAUCUGGUUUACCAUUCCUGUCUAUUAUCGACUCGUCUUCAUUACUGCCUUCAACAAAAUCCCUGAGAACAGUGACGAAAACAGAAACACCAACAGCAACACCAACGAUACCAAUAAAUCCGACAAAUUAUCUUCAACAAUUGCCUCAGCUCGCAGCGUCAUCAUCUGCUUUCAGUGCAAUUUCAGCCCUUAGUCGAGGUGAUUUCCAGUUGAUUUCAGAGAAUUUAAAACGGAAUUAUGAAGAGAUGAAUAGAUAUUGUCAAGAGGAAGAGCUUACAACAGUACAGAGUCGUACUACUUUCGAUGGACCCAAAAAGAAACAACAUGUUGACAGAACAUUUUUCCCCCCAAUACAUGAGUCCAUCCCUAGACAAUCGAAUGACAAUUACUCAAUGUCCACGUCAAUUAACAAGAGUCCAUCAAAUCGUAUUCAUGGAAGCAGUGGUGACGACAAUAAUAAUAAUGAAAGUAUUGAAGAGAAAAUAGUCCAAUUAACUGAAUGUGAAGAUGAAGCGAAGCAUUCAACAAAAUUGUCUUGUCCUUCGUCGUUAUCAUCUUCAUCCACAGCGCCUAUUCUAAAUCAUCAGAUCAACUCACAGAAAAGAGGUUUCAAUAUUAGUUGUCUAUUAAAAUGA